CAGUCGGUCGCAGCCAUGGCGGAGGGAGGAGAGGGAGAGGAGCUGCUCCGCCCGCCGCUGCCCGCCGGCGCCCCGGGCCCCAAGCGCUUGUGCUCCCGGGCCUGCCCGGCGGGGGGCACCGGGGCCGUUCACCCCCGUCCCGGGGCCGCAGGGGCCGGUGCGGGGCCGGGCGCGGGGGCCAGCGGGGCCCCUCCGGUUCUGGCCGGCUGCUGCCCCGCGGCGGCGGCGGGCACGGCGGGGGCGGUGGGGCCGGCGGCAGCGGCGUCGGGGCCGGGGGGCGGCGGCGGCGGUGAGGCGGGCAGCCUGCUGCAGCCAGAGUCGCUGCUGGACGCGGCGGCCAAACGGGUGGCGGGGAGCUGGGCCUUCGAGCGGGUGGAGGGCCGCUUCCAGCGCAUCCCCGAGCCCGUCCAGCGCCGCAUCGUCUACUGGAGCUUCCCCCGCAGCGAGCGGCAGAUCUGUAUGUACUCCAGCUUCCAGCCCGGCCGCGCCGCCGCCACCGCAGCAUCCCCCGCCAGCGCCGCCGCAGGGGGACCCUCUGCCGCCGCUGCCCCCGCCGCGGCCGGUGAAGAGAGCCCCGCCGCCGGUCCGCCGCCGCCCGCCGCUGCCCCCGCCGCCGCGCCGCAGGGCGAGGGGCUGCCCUUCCGCCGCGGCAUCCGCCUGCUGGAGACCGGCGCGGUGGACAACGUGCUGCAAGUCGGCUUCCACCUCAGCGGGACAGUAACGGAGCCGGCGACUGCAACAGAACCAGAGGUGACCUACAAGGUGGCCAUCAGCUUCGACCGCUGCAAAAUCACCUCAGUGACAUGCGGCUGCGGGAACAAGGACAUUUUUUACUGUGCCCAUGUCGUGGCGCUUUCACUGUACAGGAUCCGCAAGCCAGACCAGGUCAAACUCCGUCUUCCCAUCUCAGAGACCCUUUUCCAGAUGAACAGGGACCAGCUCCAGAAGUUUGUUCAGUAUUUGAUCACGGCACAUCACACCGAGGUGCUGCCCACUGCCCAGAAGUUGGCUGAUGAGAUCCUGUCAUCCAACUCGGAGAUCAACCAAGUGCAUGGCGCUCCCGACCCCACUGCUGGGGCCAGCAUUGAUGACGAGAACUGCUGGCACUUGGACGAGGAACAAGUUCGGGAGCAGGUGAAGCUGUUCCUAUCUCAGGGAGGGUACUACGGCUCGGGGAAGCAGCUCAACUCCAUGUUUGCCAAGGUCCGGGAGAUGCUGCGCAUGAGGGACUCCAACGGGGCCAGGAUGCUGACGUUGAUAACAGAGCAGUUCAUGGCUGAUCCUCGGCUCUCCCUCUGGAGGCAGCAGGGAACAGGCAUAACGGAGAAGUGCCGGCAGCUGUGGGAUGAGUUGGGGGCGCUGUGGGUGUGCGUGGUGUUAAACCCGCACUGCAAGCUGGAAGAGAAGUCCUGCUGGCUCCGGCAGCUGCGCAAGUGGGGCGAGAUGGAUGUGUGUCCCCUGGAAGAUGGGAAUUACGGUAACGAGCUUCCCAACAUCACCAACGCGCUCACACAGAGCUCUGGUCACAGCCAAGACUCGUUGGCCAGGCCCAGACGAACCGUGUUCACGCGAGCGAUCGAGGGCUGUGACCUGCACUGGCAGGACAGCCACUUGCAGCGCAUCAUUAGCAGUGACUUCUACGUGUCUCCCUCCUACCAGCGGGAGGGCGAGAGCCUCCUCUUCAACUCCCAGGGGCAGCCGCUGUGGCUGGAACACGUCCCUACCGCCUGUGCUCGGGUGGAUGCCCUGCGCUCCCAUGGCUAUCCCAGGGAAGCUCUCCGACUAACUGUUGCCAUAAUCAACACCCUGCGACUGCAGCAGCAAAGGCAGCUGGAGAUAUAUAAGCACCAGAAGAAAGAGCUGCUGCAGCGAGGAGCCACAACCAUCACUAACUUGGAGGGCUGGGUAGGCCACCCUCUGAACCCCAUCGGCUGCCUCUUUCUCACCCUGACCGAAGCUUGUAGAUUAGAAGAGGAAAACUGCCUUGAAAUUUCAGAUGCCGGGGAUUCCAAACCACCAGUGUAUCAGCACGUGCCCAUUGCGACCAGCAGCCAAGACAGUGGCGAGUCCUACCUGUCCCUCGCCUUAGAGGUGGCCCUGAUGGGGAUGGGUCAGCAGAGAGUGAUGCCUGAAGGUCUCUAUGCCCAGGACAAGGUGUGCCGCAAUGAGGAGCAGAUCAUUGCCCGGCUGCAGGACCUGGAGCUGGACCCGGUGCUGGUGCAGACCCUGCGGAAGCAGUGCAUCUUGCUGCUGGAAGGUGGUCCCUUCAGCGGCCUGGGAGAAGUCAUCCACCGUGAGAGCGUCCCCAUGCACACCUUUGCCAAAUACCUGUUCUCUGCCCUGCUGCCCCAUGAUGCAGACCUGGCGUACAAGCUGGCUUUGCGGGCCAUGAGGUUGCCUGUGCUGGAGACCACAGCCCCAUCCGGCGAUGUGACUCAUCCCCAUCACUUGGUCUCGGUGGUCCCCAGCAGAUACCCACGCUGGUUCACCCUGGGGCACCUGGAGUCGCAGCAGUGCGAGCUGGCCUCCACCAUGCUCACGGCAGCCAAAGGGGACAUGCUGCGCCUACGCACAGUGCUGGAGGCCAUCCAGAAGAACAUCCACUCCUCCUCCUUGAUCUUCAAGCUGGCUCAGGAUGCUUUCAAGAUCGCCACGCCAGCCGACAGCAACUCGGACACAACGCUGCUCAAUGUGGCGCUGGAGCUGGGACUCCAGGUGAUGCGCAUGACCCUGUCCACCCUCAACUGGCGGCGGCGGGAGAUGGUGAGGUGGCUGGUGACAUGCGCUACCGAAGUGGGGGUGAGGGCUCUGGUGAGCAUCCUGCAGAGCUGGUACUCGCUGUUCACUCCCACGGAAGCCACCAGCAUUGUGGCGGCCACAGUGAUGUCCCACAACACCAUCCUGCGCCUGAGCCUGGACUACCCACAGCGGGAAGAGCUGGCCAGCUGUGCCCGCACCCUGGCCCUGCAGUGUGCCAUGAAGGACCCCCAGAACUGCGCCCUGUCUGCCCUGACCCUCUGCGAGAAGGACCACAUUGCCUUCGAGACCGCCUACCAGAUCGUCAUCGACGCUGCCUCCACCGGCAUGACCUACACCCAGCUCUUCACCAUCGCCCGCUACAUGGAGCACCGAGGCUACCCGCUCCGGGCGUUCAAACUGGCCUCGUUGGCCAUGACGCAUCUCAACCUGGCCUACAACCAGGACACGCACCCAGCCAUCAACGACGUGCUCUGGGCCUGCGCCUUGAGCCACUCUCUAGGCAAAAACGAGCUGGCGGCCAUCAUCCCACUGGUGGUGAAGAGCGUGCACUGUGCCACAGUGCUCUCGGACAUCCUUCGCCGCUGCACCAUGACGGCCCCAGGGUUGGCCGGCAUUCCCGGCCGCAGGAACUCGGGAAAGCUGAUGUCCACCGACAAAGCCCCGCUGCGGCAGCUGCUGGACGCGACGAUAAGCGCCUACAUCAACACCACUCACUCCCGGCUCACCCACAUCAGCCCCCGGCACUACGGGGAGUUCAUCGAGUUCCUCAGCAAGGCCAGGGAGACCUUCCUCCUGGCGCAGGACGGGCACAUACAGUUUGCCCAGUUCAUUGACAAUCUCAAACAAAUCUAUAAAGGCAAGAAAAAACUGAUGCUGCUGGUACGGGAGCGGUUUGGGUGAGCCCCGGCCCCUGCCGUGCUCACUGGCAGGGUCCGGCCGCAGAAAGGGGACUCGGGAGAGAAGAAGGAAGGAAAGCAGAGAUCACCUUCCCCCCGUCGGCAGAGGCUGCUCUGUUCUGGUCUUUUUGUUUCUUUUUGUUUGUUUGUUUGUUUGUUUUCUUUUGUUUGUUUUCUGUUUUUAAUUUUAUUUCCUUUCUUGGAUUUAACCAUUUCACACGCUGAGAGGAUCCAGAGAUUCCUUGGGCACAAACCAAAAGGCAACCACAGGGAAAAAGGAUGGUUCACUCAGCCCCCUGCCCUCCCUUGCCAAUACCAAAAGCUAACCUGGAAAUCUAAUACCUCUUUCCUGAAGGAAGCGGUUGCUGGAGGGAUCUGAAGGUUGCAAAGUGCAGAAAUCGUUAAAUUUACAUGGGGAAUUCAAAAUAUAUAGGAAAAGAGAAAAAAAUACAGAAGAGCGAGCAAAGAAACCUGCGACACUAGAACCUCAUGCGUCACCAAAAGCGAUGGCUUUGCAGAGCGCUUCUCCCGCCCGCCCGAGACAUGCAAACUCCUCUAUUUGUGAAGAUACUUCAAUAAAACAAGUUAAAGUAACUGUUCUCAGGGAUUGCUUACUAAAAGUAACACAAAAAAAAAGAAAAAAAAAAGCAUUUAUGAUACUGUAAAUACUAUAGUAUAUGUGUCAAUUAUUAAAUUGUAAAGUUAUAAUUAUUUAUAAUUCUGUCUUUUAUUUGGGGGAUACUUGAAAUUGUCAUGGGCUGGGGCGAUUAUUUUUAUUAUUGCUAUUAUUAUUAUUGUUAUUAUUAUUAUUAUAACUAUUAUUUAAAAAACCACACAAAACAAAAACCACAGACAAAAAGAGGAGGAGGCACGCGAACGUUUCUCAGGUCCCCACGGCAUCGUCGGCAGCGAGAAGGGUGUGGGGGGAGGCGAAUGUCGACUCGCAGCCCUGGGACGGACGGAUGGACAGAUGGAUGGACAGAAGGAAGGAGGAGCAGCAGCCCAACGCUCGAGGACAGCGAAGGAAGGGGCUCGGGGGACGCUCGCUCAGACACACAUGAAUGCUGGGGAUGGAGGACAUGAGCUCAUCGCCUCGCACACACCGUCUCCCAUGGGCGCAGGGGUGCAAGGUGCUUGGGCAGGCAGGUGGGCACCAGGGCUGCUGGCUCCUGGGGAGGGAGCAGGGGCAAGCACUGUUUGGCUUCCCAGCUCCGUGGUGCAGCCAAUGCUUGGUCCUUCCUGGCUUCGCCCCAUGCCGGGGGCAGACUUUCCAGUCCUGGGCUGGCAGCUCUUUGGUUUUGGUUCAUUUCUUUGCCAGCGGGUCGGGAGGGCUGGGGGGGCCAGGGCCGGUCUGGAUGGUGACUUGUAGUUAGAGAACGUGGGCUAGGUAUCUGCUGUCUGGUUUGACUUUUACUUUUUUGGCAAGUGACUUGUGUCCGCGCUCCGGCCAGGAAACCAAUUGUACUCGGUCUGUGUCGCCACCAAACUAGCAGUCUUCAACCAGUCUGUUUCUCUCUUUUUUUCCUCUUUUCUUUUCUUUUACUUUUUUGUUUUGCGUGCGUGUAUGUGUGUGUGCGACCUUCAUCUGAUGUUUAAUAAUAAAAGGGAUGAACGUUA